AACCACAUUUUAACCCGGAAAAAAAUAACCUAGAUAGAACAGAAGCUGUCUCGAAACAGCUUCUAGGUACAGAGAAAGCGGUGGAAAUGGCUUCACGCCUGAGCCGAAUUUGGCCCACCCUGUCCCGGGUUCGUUUGAGCUCGGCGCUCGGGAGCCGCUGUGUGUCCCAGACGCCGAAGUCCAGCGCGUCCGGCGCGGCGGUUGCAUCUGAUCUGCAGCCCUUAUCUCCGGCUCAGGACAGUCAUGGACACACAGAGGUCAGCCCGUUUGACAAGAAUCCAGAUUUCCAUGGCUUCCAUCAUUCUGACCCGUUUGUGGAUGAAUGGAACAUGAGAUUGGCCUUUUUCUUUAGCAUUUCUGUGGUCAUUGUAAUCGGAGGCACUUUCGUCCACUAUUUACCAGAUCACGGGAUGAGGGGGUGGGCUCGCCGGGAAGCUGAAAGGUUGAUCAAACAGCGGGAAGCUGAAGGUCUUCCCCUCAUGACUGAAAACUAUUACGAUCCAAGCACGAUUGUUCUCCCAUCCUCUGAAGAGGACUAGACAACAUCUUGUCAAAAAUUAUCCUGUUCAUUUGUGUUGACUGUACAUUUGACUCUCCUCAACUUUAUCUUAAUAAAAACAAAGUUAUAAUAAAGCAGUAUGUGAUAUUUUCAAAUUGUGAUCAGUUGGUAUAUCUAAUGAUACUGUAGAAUUAACGGUUUGUUUGCAAACAUGGGUGUAAUAAUAAAGUUGAGUGUUAAUGUA